AUGUCACAUAGCCCGAUAGCGGGAGACGCUAUCGGGCAUUAUCUGGCUGCAAUAACGUAGGCUAUAGGCUAGGUUACAAAAAAAGACAACGAUCACGUUGAAUGCCCAUCAGCAACGUAAUUAAUAGUUAAUUAAUAACUUUAUACGUUUGUUUUACGAUCUCUUGGCCUGCUACUGUAUGUGUUGUAUUUAUUUUACCUGCCUGUUAAAGUGCCAGUGGGUCAGUGCGCGUUUGGAUAAGCUGCAGUGUGUUCUGCUCGAGCUUUUCUACCUCUGGCGGUAUUUCAGGCAGUGACAUUUUUUUUUACAGGUUCUAUAACAAGAUAAGACAAGACCCUAUCUCGUGCCACAUACACUAUAUAUACAAAAGUAUGUGGACACCCCUUCAAAUUAUUGGAUUCGUCUAUUUCAGCCACACCCGUUGCUGACAGGUGUAUAAAAUCGAGCACACAGCCAUGCAAUCAUUGGCAGUCGAAUGGCCUUACUGAAGAGCCCAGUGACUUUCAACGUGGCACGGUCAUAGGAUGCCACCUUUCCAACAAGUCAAUUCGUCAAAUUUCUGCCCUGCUAGAGCUGCCCGGUCAACUGUAAGUGCAGUUAUUGUGAAGUGUAAACGUCUAAGAGCAACAAUGGCUCAGCAAGAAGUGGUAGGCUGCACAAGCUCACAGAACGGGAGUGCUGAAGCGCAUAGCGCGUUAAAAUCGCUGUCCUCCAUGUGAUCAUACUUCUUAACUCUUGCGUUGUGUUUUUUAAAGAAAGGAAUGCUCAGCCAGCGAUCCCAGUUGAUUGGUAUUUAUUUGCUUGCAUAUAAUUAUCACACUGGGCUUUUGUAAUCAAAGAUAACAAUUACAAAAAUAGUAUAACAUACAAUAGGUGCAAAUACCUGAAAAUAGACAAAGAACAUUAACAGUGGAGGACAGAUGUAGCAUGGAAACAUGCUACAUCUAUUACACCCUAUCUGCAAGCAAGACCAAUGGCAUAACACCUUAUUGAUAUGUAAAUUCAAUUAACCAAUAGAAAUACAUAAACAUUUAAAUACAUUUAUGUAGUGCAAGUGGAAGCAUAACCAACCUUGUUACUCUCUCUUGUCUCUCUACAGCAGACAUAUACACUGAACAAAAAUAUAAACACAACAUGCAACAAAAUAUUUUACUGAGUUACAGUUCAUACAAGGAAAUCAGUCAAUUGAAAUAAAUGUAUUAGGCCCUAAUCUAUGGAUUUCACAUGACUGGGAAUGGGUGCGCCAUGGGUAGGCCUGGGAGGGCAUAUGCCCACCCACUUGGCAGCCAGGCUCACCCACUGGGGAGCCAGGCUCAGCAAAUCAGAAUGAGUUUUUCCCCACAAAAGGGCUUUAUUACAGAAAUACUCCUCAGAUGAUCCCGCAGGUGAAGAAGCCUGAUGUGGAGGUCCUGGGCUGGCGUGGUUACUUGUUGUCUGUGGUUUUGAGGCCGGUUGGACAUACUGCCAAAUUCUCUAAAACGACGUUGGAGGCAGCUUAUUUACAUUUAGUCAUUUAGCAGACGCUCUUAUCCAGAGCGACUUACAGUUAGUGAGUGCAUACAUUUUUGUAAAAAAAAAAAAAUCAUACUGGCCCCCCGUGGGAAUCGAACCCACAACCCUGGCGUUGCAAGUGCCAUGCUCUACCAACUGAGCUACACAGGGCCAAUAAAUUGCAAUGUCCGUACUAUGAGACGCUUAAGACAGUGCUACAGGGAGACAGGACGGACAGAUGAUCGUCCUCGCAGUGGCAGACCACAUGUAACAACACCUGCACAGGAUCGGUACAUACGAACAUCACACCUGCGAGACAGGUACAGGAUGGCAACAACAACUGCCCGAGUUACACCAGGAACGCACAAUCCCUCCAUCAGUGCUCAGACUGUCCGCAAUAGGCUGAGAGAGGCUGGACUGGGGCUUCUAGGCCUGUUGUAAGGCAGGUCCUCACCAGACACUACGGGCAACAACGUCGCCUAUGGGCACAAACCCACCGUCGCUGGACCAGACAGGACUGGCAAAAAGUGCUCUUCACUGACGAGUCGCGGUUUUGUCUCACCAGGGGUGAUGGUCGGAUUCGCGUUUAUCGUCGAAGGAAUGAGCGUUACACAGAGGCCUGUACUCUAGAGCGGGAUCGAUUUGGAGGUGGAGGGUCCGUCAUGGUCUGGGUCGGUGUGUCACUGCAUCAUCGGACUGAGCUUGUCAUUGCAGGCAAUCUCCACGCUGUGCGUUACAGGGAAGACAUCCUCCUCCCUCAUGUGGUAGCCUUCCUGCAGGCUCAUCCUGACAUGACCCUCCAGCAUGACAAUGCCACCAGCCAUACUGCUCGUUCUGUGCGUGAUUUCCUGCAAGACAGGAAUGUCAAUGUUCUGCCAUGGCCAGCGAAGAGCCCGGAUCUCAAUCCCAUUGAGCACAUCUGGAACCUGUUGGAUCGGAGGGUCAGGGCUAGGGCCAUUCCCCCCAGAAAUGUCCGGGAACAUGCAGGUGCCUUGGUGGAAGAGUGGGGUAACAUCUCACAGCAAGAACAGGCAAAUCUGGUGCAGUCCAUGAGGAGGAGAUGCACUGCAGUACUUAAUGCAGCUGGUGGCCACACCAGAUACUGACUGUUACUUUUGAUUUUGACCCCCCCCUUUGUUCAGGGACACAUUGUUCCAUUUCUGUUAGUCACAUGUCUGUGGAACUUGUUCAGUUUAUGUCUCAGUUGUUGAAUCUUGUUAUGUUCAAACAAAUACUUACACAUGUUAAGUUUGCUGAAAAUAAACGCAGUUGACAGUGAGAGGACGUUUCUUUUUUUGUUGAGUUUAGAAUCGUGAGAAUCGCAAUACGUAUCGAAUCGACACCUAAAUAUCGUGAUAAUAUCAUAUCGUGAGGUCCCUGGCACAGAACGAGUCUUUCGGAGAAGUGUCCUCUGGUCUGAUUAAACAAAAAUAGAACUGGUUGGCCAUAAUGACCAUCGUUAUGUUUGGAGGAAAAAGGGGGUGCUUGCAAGCCGACGAACACCAUCCCAACCGUGAAGCACGGGGGUGGCAGCAUCAUGCUGUGGGGGUGCUUUGCUGCAGGAGGGUCUUGUGCACUUCACAAAAUAAUGGCAUCUUGAGGAAGGAAAAUUAUGUGGGUAUAUUGAAGCAACAUCUCAAGACAUCAGUCAGGAAGUUAAAGCUUGGUCGCAAAUGGGUCUUCCAAAUGGACAAUGACCUCAAGCAUACUUCCAAAGUUGUGGCAAAAUGGCUUAAGGACAACAAAGUCAAGGUAUUGGAGUGGUCAUCACAAAGCCCUGACCUCAAAUCCUAUAGAACAUUUGUGGGCAGAACUGAAAAAGCGUGUGCGAGCAAGGAGGCCUACAAACCUGACUCGGUUACACCAGCUCUGUCAGGAGGAAUGGGCCAAAAUUCACCCAACUUAUUGUGGGAAGCUUGUGGAAGGCUACCCGAAACGAUUGACCCAAGUUAUACAAUUUAAAGGCAAUGCUACCAAAUACUAAUUGAGUGUAUGUAAACUUCUGACCCACUGGGAAUGUGAUGAAAGAAAUAAAAGCUGAAAUAAAUCAUUCUCUCUACUAUUAUUCUGACAUUUCACAUUCUUAAAAUAAAGUGGUGAUCCUAACUAACCUAAGACAGGGAAUUUUUACUAGGAUUAAAUGUCAGGAAUUGUGAAACUGAGUUUAAAUGAAUUUGGCUAAGGUAUAUGUAAACUUCUGACUUCAACUGUAUCUAUUAUUACUUUUUACGUGUUUUACUUUCUAUUUCUCUAUUUUCUUUCUCUCUGCAUUGUUGGGAAGGGCCUGUAAGUAAGUAUUUCACUGUGUUUACGAAGCAUGUAACAAAUACAAUUAUAUUUGAAAUUGGGCAAAUACAACAACUAAUUCUCAAACCCACAGCUCUGUUAUUCCAAACCCUAUGCUCCUCCAACCAAUUGAAAAUCAUACUCUCUUGGGCCAUUUCCACAUUUGUUUAAAAAGCACUGUGUUGAUCGGGGUUUUGGGGAUUGUUCCCUCCACAGUGAUUGAGAGAGCCAUGGUCACAGCGUUGCACCAGAAGGUGUUUAGCUUGGUUGCCUCAGCUGACCCAUUUAUGCUAUUAGGCUUAUGUGAAUGGCAGUUCUCUUAGAAAAAAAAUAUAAACUAUUGGAACCAAUGUUUAUAAAGAACUGAUGUUGACACAAGAUGGAGGGAAAGUUGGAGCAUAACCAUCGAAAUUACAGUUAACAAAAAUGUACGCUUAAUCCAGUAUAAACUAAUGUAUUGAAUGUAUUAUACAAGAGACAAAGUUAAUGUCUUAAGUGUAAAACUAAUAAUGACUCAAUAAUCCAUGCUUUCUGGGAUUGCUAUAAAGUGCAGAAGUUGUGGGCAAAGCUAGAAAGUUGUCUCAGAAAUAUUACAAUGUACAUUUACUUUUAAUCCGUCUGUCUGCACAUUUCAAGACAUGGCAUAUGGUGGUGUAGUGAGAUACCCAAUGGGCUGGACGAUUCUCUUCUCAUCUUGAAAAAACAUACACUACCGUUCAAAAGUUUGGGGUUACUUAGAAAUGUCCUUGUUUUCGAAAUAAAAGCAAUUUUUUUUGUCCAUUUUUAAAAUAACAUCAAAUUGAUAAUAAAUACAGUGUAGACAUUGUUAAUAUUGUAAAUGGCUAUUGUAGCUGGAAACGGCAGAUUUUUUAUGGAAUACAUAGGUGUACAGAGGCCCAUUAUCAGCAACCAUCAGUCCUGUGUUCCAAUGGCACGUUGUGUUUGUUAAUCCAAGUUGAUCAUUUUAAAAGGCUAAUUGAUCAUUUAGAAAACCCUUUUGCAAUUAGAAAUGUGAGAUAAUGUCUAGAUGCUGUUUAUAGUGGAGAUCAAGUUUACAACUUGCCUGGGAUGAUGAGACAGUGGAUUGCGCAGUCAGAUGGAACAGAGUAAAUAGGCAUUUUAACGUCAUAGAUUUAGCCGGUGGUAACUUGUGGAAUAGACACCGGCUGGAAAGCGUUCAGCAUUCAGGAUUAGACCCACCCGUUGUAUGAAUGUAUAUGUGUGUGUAUAUUUGCUUCCUUAAGCCACAACCAUUAUUGAGGUCGGGCACUGAUGUUGGGCGAUUAGGCUCGCAGUUGGCGUUCCAAUUCAUCCCAAAGGUGUGCGAUGGGGUUGAGGUCAGGGCUCUGUGCAGGCCAGUCAAGUUCUUCCACACCGAUCUCGACACACCAUUUCUGUAUGGACCUCGUUUUGUGCACGGAGGCAUUGUCAUGCUGAAAUAGGAAAGGGCCUUCCCCAAACUGUUGCCACAAAGUUGGAAGCACUGAAUAGUCUAGUAUGUCAUUGUAUGCUGUAGCUUUAAGAUUUCCCUUCACUGGAACUCUCGGGCCUAGCCCGAGCCAUGGAAAACAGCCCCAGACCAUUAUUCCUCAUCCACCAAACUUUACAGUUGGCACUAUGUAUUGGGGCAGGUAGCGUUCUCCUGGCAUCUACCAAACUCAGAUUUGUCAGUCGGACUGCCAGAUGUUAAAGCGUGGUUCAUAACUCCAGAGAACGCAUUUCCACUGCUCCAGAGUCCAAUUGCGGCGAGCUUUACACCACUCCAGCCGACGCCUGGCAUUGCGCAUGGUGAUCUUAGGCUUGUUUGUGGCUGCUCGGCCAUGGAAACCCAUUUCAUUAAGCUCUAGACAAACAGUUCUUAUGCUGACGUUGCUUCCAGAGGCAGUUUGGAACUCAGUAGUGAGUGAUGCAACCGAGGACGGAUGAUUUUACGCGCUUUCAGCACUCGGCUGUCCCGUUCUGUGAGCUUGUGUGGCCUACCACUUCGCGGCUGAACCAUUGUUGCUCCUAGCUGUUUCCACUUCACAAUAACAGCACUUACAGUUGAUCAGGGCUGCUCUAGCAGGGCAAACAUUUGAUGAACUGACUGGUUAGAAAGGUGGCAUCCUAUGACAGUGCCACGUUGAAAGUCACUUAGCUCUACUGUAAGGCCAUUCUACUGCCAAUGUUUGUCUAUGGAGAUUGCAUGGCUGUGUGCUUGAUUGUAUACACCUGACAGCAAUGGGUGUGGCUGAAAUAGCCAAAUCCACUAAUUUGAUGGGGUGUCCACAUAUUUUUGUGUGUAUAUAUUGUGCGUGUCGGUGUGUAAUAUAUAUAUAUAUAUAUAUAUAUAUAUAUAUAUAUAUAUAUAUAUAUAUAUAUAUAUAUAUAUAUAUAUAUAUAUAUAUAUAUAUAUAUAUAUAUAUAUAUAUAUAUAUAUAUAUAUACACUGCUCAAAAAAAUAAAGGGAACACUUAAACAACACAAUGUAACUCCAAGUCAAUUACACUUCUGUGAAAUCAAACUGUCCACUUAGGAAGCAACACUGAUUGACAAUACAUUUCACAUGCUGUUGUGCAAAUGGAAUGGACAACAGGUGGAAAUUAUAGGCAAUUAGCAAGACACCCCCAAUAAAGGACUGGUUUUGCAAGUGGUGACCACAGACCACUUCUCAGUUCCUAUGCUUCCUGGCUGAUGUUUUGGUCACUUUUGAAUGCUGGCGGUGCUUUCACUCUAGUGGUAGCAUGAGACGGAGUCUACAACCCACACAAGUGGCUCAGGUAGUGCAGCUCAUCCAGGAUGGCACAUCAAUGCGAACUGUGGCAAGAAGGUUUGCUGUGUCUGUCAGCAUAGUGUCCAGAGCAUGGAGGCGCUACCAGGAGACAGGCCAGUACAUCAGGAGACGUGGAGGAGGCCGUAGGAGGGCAACAACCCAGCAGCAGGACUGCUACCUCCGCCUUUGUGCAAGGAGGAGCAGGAGGAGCACUGCCAGAGCCCUGCAAAAUGACCUCCAGCAGGCCACAAAUGUGCAUGUGUCUGCUUAAACGGUCAGAAACAGACUCCAUGAGGGUGGUAUGAGGGCCGACGUCCACAGGUGGGGGUUGUGCUUACAGCCCAACACCGUGCAGGACAUUUGGCAUUUACCAGAGAACACCAAGAUUGGCAAAUUCACCACUGGUGCCCUGUGCUCUUCACAGAUGAAAGCAUGUUCACACUGAGCACGUGACAGAGUCUGGAGACGCCGUGGAGAACGUUCUGCUGCCUGCAACAUCCUCCAGCAUGACCGGUUUGGCGGUGGGUCAGUCAUGGUGUGGGGUGGCAUUUCUUUGGGGGGCCGCACAGCCCUCCAUGUGCUCGCCAGAGGUAGCCUGACUGCCAUUAGGUACCGAGAUGAGAUCCUCAGACCCCUUGUGAGACCAUAUGCUGGUGCGGUUGGCCCUGGGUUCCUCCUAAUGCAAGACAAUGAUAGACCUCAUGUGGCUGGAGUGUCAGCAGUUCCUGCAAGAGGAAGGCAUUGAUGCUAUGGACUGGCCCGCCCGUUCCCCAGACCUGAAUCCAAUUGAGCACAUCUGGGACAUCAUGUCUCGCUCCAUCCACCAACGCCACGUUGCACCACAGACUGUCCAGGAGUUGGCGGAUGCUUUAUUCCAGGUCUCGGAGGAGAUCCCUCAGGAGACCAUCCGCCACCUCAUCAGGAGCAUGCCCAGGCGUUGUAGGGAGGUCAUACAGGCACAUGGAGGCCACACACACUACUGAGCCUCAUUUUUACUUGUUUUAAGGACAUUACAUCAAAGUUGGAUCAGCCUGUAGUGUGGUUUUCCACUUUCAUUUUGAGGGUGACUCCAAAUCCAGACCUCCAUGGGUUGAUAAAUUUGAUUUCCAUUGAUAAUUUUUGUGUGAUUUUGUUGUCAGCACAUUCAACUAUGUAAAGAAAAAAGUAUUUAAUAAGAUUAUUUCAUUCAUUCAGAUCUAGGAUGUGUUAUUUUAGUGUUCCCUUUAUUUUUUUGAGCAGUGUGUGUAUAUAUAUAUAUAUAUAUAUAUCUAUAUCUGAACAAAAAUAUAAACGCAAGUUGUAAAGUGUUGAUCCCAUGUUUCAUGAGCUGAAUUUUUUUUCCCUGAAAUGUUACAUGCGCACAAAAAGCUUAUCUCGCUGAAAUUCUGUGCACAAAUUUGUUUACCUGUCAGGUGGAUGGAUUAUCUUGGCAAAGGCGAAAUGGUCACUAACAGGGAGGGACAGUAAAAGGCCACUCUAAAAUGUGCCGUUUUGACACACAACACAAUACCACAGACGUCUCAAGUUUUGAGGAAGCGUGCAAUUGGCAUGCUGACUGCAGGAAUGUCCACCAGAGCUGUUGCCAGAGAAUUGAAAUUAUUCAGACCCCUUGACUUUUUCCACAUUUUGUUACGUUACAGACUAAUUCUAACAUGGAUUAAAUAAAACAAUUUCCUCAGCAAUCUACACACAAUACCCUAUAAUGACAAAGCGAAAACAGGUUUUUGGACAUUUUUGCAAACAUUAAAAACAAAAAAGGAUACAUUAUUUACCUAAGUAUUCAGACCCUUUGCUAUGAGACUCGAAAUUGAGCUCGGGUGCUUCCUGUUCCCAUUGAUCAUCCUUGAGCUGUUUCUACAACUUGAUAGGAGUCCACCUGGGAUAAAUUAAAUUGAUUGGACAUGAUUUGGAAAGGGACACACCUGUCUAAUGUAAGGUCCCACAGUUGACAGUGCAUGUCAGAGAAGAAACCAAGCCAUGAGGUCGAAGGAAUUGUCCGUGGAGCUCCGAGACAGGAUUGUGUCGAGGCACAGAUUUGGGGAAGGGUACUACAACAUUUUUGCAUCAUUGAAGGUCCCCAAGAACACAGUUGCCUCCAUCAUUCUUAAAUUGAAGAAGUUUGGAUCCACCAAGACUCUUCCUAGAGCUGGCCGCCCGGCCAAACUGAGCAAUCGGCGUAGAAGGGCCUUGGUCAGGGAGGUGACCAAGAACCCGAUGGUCACUCUGACAGAGUGCUGGAGUUCCUCUGUGGAGAUGGGAGAACCUUCCAGAAGGACAACCAUCUCUGCAGCACUCCACCAACUAGGCCUUUAUGGUCUAGUGGCCAGACGGAAGCCACUCCUCAGUAAAAGGCACCUAAAGACUCUCAGACCAUGAGAAACAAGAUUCCCUGGUCUGAUGAAACCAAGAUUUAGCUCUUUGGCUUGAGUGCCAAGCGUCACAACUGGUGGAAACCUGGCACCAUUCCUACGGUGAAGCAUGGUGGUGGCAGCAUCAUGCUGUGGGGAUGUUUUUCAGCGGCAGGGACUGGGAGACUUGUCAGAGAGGUCCUUGAUGAAAACCUGCUCAGGACCUCAGACUGGGGCGAAGGUUCACCUUCAAAUAGGACAAUGACCCUAAGCACACAGCCAAGACAACGCAGGAGUGGCUUCGGGACAAGUCUCUGAAUGUCCUUGAGUGGCCCAGCCAGAGCCUGGACUUGAACCCGAUCGAACAUCUCUGAAGAGACCUGAAAAUAGUUGUGCAGCGACGCUCCCCAUCCAACCUGACAGAGCUUGAGAUGAUCCGCAGAGAAGAAUACCCGAGGCUGUAAUCGCUGCCAAAGGUGCUUCAACAAAGUACUGAGUAAAGUGUCUGAAUACUUAUGUAAACGUGAUAUUUCCGUUUUUUUGUAUACAUUUGCUAAAAUUUCUAAACCAGUUUUUGCUUUGUCAUUAUGGGGUAUUUUGUGUAGAUUGAUGAGGGGAAAAAAUAUUUAAUCAAUUUUAGAAUAUGGCUGUAACGUAACAAAAUGUGGAAAAAUUCAAGGGGUCUGAAUACUUUCCGAAGGCACUGUAUAUACUGAACGAAAUAUAGAGUUGAUCUCAGUUCUCUCCCAUCACAGCCAUUAAACUCCAGCUGUUUAAAAGUCACCAUUGGCCACAGAAUAUUCCAAGAUUAGAUACUAGGUUAGGUUUGCUCCUAGCAGAACUCGGCUAGGCGACAUGCACAAUGCAGAAAUCGCUCCGCCAUUUCCUGGUUGCAAAAGUUCUAAUAGUUUCUGAAAUUUCAGUUUGUGACAUUAGAAGCAAGUAUACUCUUGAGCAACCAAAAAUAUUGUAUUUUCAGUUUUAAGCUGGUGUACAAAACCGAAAGUAAAUGACGCAAAAACAAAAUUUAAGAACAGUAAGCAUAGAAAGAGCACACACAGAACAGAUCUACCGCUUCUUAAACUCGCUCUCAAUGAGUGACAGAUCUAUGACUCACAUUUCUAUGUACAUUUUUUCGGGUCGCCAAAAAAGAUACAUUUUGCAGCUUUAAAAGACCUUCCCUUGAAAAAUUUGAAAAAAGUGGCAAUGGUACUGUUUGUCCCUCUUGAGACGCCGUAGCCAGUAAUGAACACUUACUCAAAAUAGUAAGAUUUAAUCUAUAACUCAAGAAAUCUGUAAUUAAUUUUUACCUUUUUGCCGAGGAGGUCUUAGUCGUUAACAAAGAUGUUUUGUGCAGUAUUUCUCAAUUGAAAAAAAUUGCAUGAAAACGAAUAGUCUCUCGUUGAAUGACAACAAACACAUCAUUGAAGAAUCCCUACUGUUGAUCAAUCACCGACGAGGGGCGUAGACGUCGGGCUACCGAACUUCGGCUUGUCUCAGUUAAACAUUUUGUGUGCACCAACAGCCUAAAAAGCCCUUGCUUAAAACCAAAACGAUCAAAAACGUCACAAAAUGUCGUCAUAAUACACUGCUAAAAAAAAUAAAGGGAACACUUAAACAACACAAUGUAACUCCAAAUCAAUCACACUUCUGUGAAAUCAAACUGUCCACUUAGGAAGCAACACUGAUUGACAAUACAUUUCACAUGCUGUUGUGCAAAUGGAAUAGACAACAGGUGGAAAUUAUAGGCAAUUAGCAAGACACCCCCAAAAAAGAAGUGGUUUUGCAGGUGGUGACCACAGAUCACUUCUCAGUUCCUAUGCUUCCUGGCUGAUGUUUUGGUCACUUUUGAAUGCUGGCGGUGCUUUCACUCUAGUGGUAGCAUGAAACGGAGUCUACAACCCACACAAGUGGCUCAGGUAGAGCAGCUCAUCCAGGAUGGCACAUCAAUGCGAGCUGUGGCAAGAAGGUUUGCUGUGUCUGUCAGCGUAGUGUCCAGAGCAUGGAGGCACUACCAGGAGACAGGCCAGUACAUCAGGAGACGUGGAGGAGGCCGUAGGAGGGCAACAACCCAGCAGCAGGACCGCUACCUCCGCCUUUGUGCAAGGAGGAGCAGGAGGAGCACUGCCAGAGCCCUGCAAAAUGACCUCCAGCAGGCCACAAAUGUGCAUGCGUCUGCUCAAACGGUCAGAAACAGACUCCAUGAGGGUGGUAUGAGGGCCCGACGUCCACAGGUGGGGGUUGUGCUUACAGCCCAACACCGUGCAGGACGUUUGGCAUUUGCCAGAGAACACCAAGAUUGGCAAAUUCGCCACUGGCGCCCUGUGCUCUUCACAGAUGAAAGCAGGUUCACACUGAGCACAUGUGACAGACGUGACAGAGUCUGGAGAUGCCGUGGAGAACGUUCUGCUGCCUGCAACAUCCUCCAGCAUGACCGGUUUGGCGGUGGGUCAGUCAUGGUGUGGGGUGGCAUUUCUUUGGGGGGCCGCACAGCCCUCCAUGUGCUCGCCAGAGGUAGCCUGACUGCCAUUAGGUACCGAGAUGAGAUCCUCAGACCCAUUGUGAGACCAUAUGCUGGUGCGGUUGGCCCUGGGUUCCUCCUAAUGCAAGACAAUGCUAGACCUCAUGUGGCUGGAGUGUGUCAGCAGUUCCUGCAAGAGGAAGGCAUUGAUGCUAUAGACUGGCCCGCCCGUUCUCCAGACCUGAAUCCAAUUGAGCACAUCUGGGACAUCAUGUCUCGCUCCAUCCACUAACGCCACGUUGCACCACAGACUGUCCAGGAGUUGGCGGAUGCUUUAGUCCAGGUCUGGGAGGAGAUCCCUCAGGAGACCAUCCGCCACCUCAUCAGGAGCAUGCCCAGGCGUUGUAGGGAGGUCAUACAGGCACGUGGAGGCCACACACACUACUGAGCCUCAUUUUGACUUGUUUUAUGGACAUUACAUCAAAGUUGGAUCAGCCUGUAGUGUGGUUUUCCACUUUAAUUUUGAGGGUGACUCCAAAUUCAGACCUCCAUGGGUUGAUCAAUUUGAUUUCCAUUGAUCAUUUUUGUGUGAUUUUGUUGUCAGCACAUUCAACUAGGUAACGAAAAAAGUAUUUAAUAAGAUUAUUUCAUUCAUUCAGAUCUAGGAUGUGUUGUUUAAGUGUUCCCUUUAUUUUUUUGAGCAGUGUAUAUUGAACUUUUUUGGAUGGGACGCAUGCGGGCGCCUUCAUGCUGCACAGAAGUUAACACACUUGAAUAACGCAGCAUGUAGAAAUGUUGAAACUGUUAAUUACUGUUCGCAAAACAAUGUCCAUACAAGCGAGAACACUUUUUACAAUGCAAGAAGAUACCGGUAGCUUCCAGCUUUGUAAGCUUACUUUCCUUGCUAGCUGACAGCUAAAGCUAACAUCAAUUCACUAGCCUAGUACUUUGUUUAUAAUAAUAUGCUAACCAUAACACAAAAUAUGCUGAUUUUAAAGCUGAUUGCCACCAAAAACUUUAUUCAUGAACUUAUUCUCUCUCAUGACUCUCCCAAAGACGAUCUAUUGCCUCAGCGAACUGACUGAUCAGACAGGCCGCCUCCCGAAUUACAUCAUUAACGGUUGGAGACAGCGCACAAUUUUAUAAAAUAAUCUAGUCUAAUCUAAUCUUUGCAAAUGUUUUUGAUCUGUACAGUAAAAUAAGUCCCAAAUAGAAGGGAAACAGAUUGUUUGUUUGUCUUCUGUAGCCCCAUGAAAUUAGCCAAAACAAGCUCAAUAACUCCAUGCGUGCACACACUCCCAUUGAAUAUGUAUUCACCUGUGUAUUGUGGGUAGGCCUAAGCUACAUUUUGAUUUACCCAGUUUAUCAAUAGUAUAUAUUACCAUUGUUGUGUAGUUAGAAUGGUAAAAACAAAGUCAAAUUGAUUGUAUAAUUGAUUCGUUAAUGCAUACAUGGCUGUCUUUUGAAAAAAGUUUACGUAAAAUAAUUAUAAUGUAAUGAAAUUGAACUCAAAAGAUGCCCAACGAUUGAACAGAGCAGUAGCUGAGUUUCUGUCUGGGUCAAGUGCCAUUCUGUGACUUUGGCUAAUAUCCCUUCUUUUUUGCCCUGUUAUCAUUCUGGUAUCGAGUAUUGUGAUGGUAUUGAAGUCAAAAUUCUGGUAUCGUGACAACACUAAUAAAUAGAUAGAUGGAUAGAUUAGAUACUUUAUUGUCCUUGGGAAAGAAAUGAUAGGCCUAUAAAGCUGCAAUAUGUAACGAAGGCCUGUGGAGAAGGGGGCGGGCCUCCGGAGCAGCAGGUCUCAACAGGAAAUGGCUCUGUGUGUGCCUUCUCCCUCCCUCUGACCUAGCCUGGAGUGAGAGACUACUGUACUGCUAAAUACAAUCACCUUUAAUCAUUUGGAAAUUGAGCGAUUCAUAAAAGGCGUGAAUAGCGAGUGGCUGUGGUAAGGGUGAAUUAAUGAGAUUUCUGUGAUUUCAGAGCUGCCAACAUCUGUCAAACUAAGCCGGGAAGUUGAGUGCCUGGUUGAACAAGCCCUUCGUCCAUAUUGAACUCCUUGGCUGUGUCUGAAAUAGCACCCUAUUCCCUUUAGUGUACUACUUUUGACCAGGGCCCAUAGUGGUGCCAUUUUGGUCGCAGCCCAUAUGAAAUAUAAUUAUUUGGUGUUUUGGUCCCUGAAUCUGUGCAGAAUGAAUGGCGGUUAGAUUUGUGAUGGGCGAUCCAUAUAAAGUCUCUGCAGUGCCUGUCAAUCAAACAUGUCCGUUAUGUUUCCAUGUGACUUAGUCUGGAGUCUAAACUGAAUGUCGCUAUGUUGUACUAGCAUUUUAUUUCCUUCACUUUAAGGAUUUAGUAUUGAGCUGCUCCAAUAGAGGGGCACUUGGACAGUCUAGAAAGUAGCCGGUCCAGUCGUUGUCCUCUAAGAAACGAUCUGCUGGUUUAGCUUUGGUCGAAAAGGCAGGGUUGGGGUCUAUUCGAAUUAAGGUCACCCAAUUCAGUAAUUCAUUUAAAUGUAUAAUUUCAAAAUUUUGGAAAAACGUUUGAAAUAAAUAACUUCUCCUUUUCAGUUUAUUGAGAAGUCAUUGAAAAGUAAAUGCCUCUUUUUUUACAAUUAUUUAAUUCAAAUUUUUGUUUACUUUCCUGAAUUCCAGUGGAAGACACAUUUCAGUUGAAUGCAUUCAUUGACUAGGUGUCCCCCUGUCCCUGACUGAAUUGACUGACUUAUUAUUAUUAUUAUUAUUAUUAUUAUUAUUAUUAUUAACCCCAACCCUGGUUAAAGCAGAGGUCGCAUUAGCUUUCAGAAAUAUGCAUUUUCAAAAUGCCAACCAUAAAAUAAAUCUGUGUUUUUAAACCUUUUCACCUGCUUUUUAUAUUGAAAUUAUUAUUAAAUUUUUGCUGAUUCUAGUGGAGAAGUGCAAUUACAUUCAUGAUUUGGAGUGAACUGUGAGUGAAACCAAGCAGAAAAUACAAUAAGAAGAAUUUUAGAUCUGAGUUGACAAAAUGCAGUAAGAUAUUGUUUCUGUUUUUUCUUUCCUUUCCUGCGUGAAAAACGCUGAAUUCUGUGUUAUUGCAACUUCUGUGAAGGUGAUCUAAUCUCUGACAGUUUGCACAACAUCGCACAAUACAGAUAUGGGGUGUAAAUGUUUUCAAUGAAGGCAGGCCCCGAAUGAAAGGGAGAAGUGAAACUACGGUGAAACGAAGUAUUCCAUUCUGUUAUUUGUGAAUCACACCUCUCAGUAAUAUAGUUAAUAGAAGUUUUCAGACCAAGACCAAAUGGAACGGCAAACUGAUGAAAUGGGCUAUCUAUUAGCCUGCCACAAUUGCUUGUGAGGCAGGAUGCGGAGUAGGCUACCCUGGGUAAAAUGCUUACAUCCUUAAUUUCCCUGAAGAAAAACGAUACUGCAUUUGCAACUUGUGUAGUGACAUCCUUACUUUAGAAAACGGAGAGUAUGAAGAUGUUGUUCUCCCUAUGAUUUGUCUCUCAUCGGAAUCUAACAUACAUUGGCAAAGUUGACAGCUUUUCAUUUGACUGUAUUGCCUGGAAAUACUGUUUCUGUUUAACAUAAUUCUACUUAAACUGGUAUUAUUAAUGCAACAAGCUGUUAAUUACGGGAGUGAACCGAAAGUUUCUCCUGAAACUUCAACUUUCUUGUUUGAAACAUUUCUUAUCCUUCUCUUUCUCAGGCUGGUGUCCUCCAUCCACGCCAUUAUGGCCACCACGGCAGGAGUCAUCGUGGUGUCGGAGUGCAGCGGUAACAUCAUGACCGACAGGUAGGUCAGCCACUAACAGACGGGGACGAGUUCCUUGACCCGGGUGGCCCAAUCAGUGCAGCUGAAGAACUCAUGUCUUCUUCCUGUCUGCAUAUUUUUUUUAACGCUACAUGGCAAUGCUUCAUGCAAGCUGUUUCAGGACCACAAAAGCAAGAGCUUCUUAUUGGACAAGUGCCUAAUGAACACAACCCUGACCACCCUCUCUUACCACCUAGCCGUUUCCUCAUACCUAAUGACAGCGGUUAGUUGUGGUCUGAACAAAUCACCUCGGUUUUCCGCUGAGAGUAUAGUGGGCUUAAUUGGCGCCCCCUAUCAGUUGUUGAGUGAACACACACAGGCUCUACCUUGGGUGGUAUGUGUCUGUUAACAACAACUGGUGCGCGAUCUCUAAUAUUAAAGAAGUCUCUAGGUUCUGCUCACCUGAGUUAGAAUAUCUCAUGAUAUCUGUAGAACAUACUAUUUACCAAGAGUUUUCAUUUAUAUUUUUCGUAGCUCUCUAUUUACCACCACAAACCAAUGCUGGCACUAAGACCGCUCUCAACAAGCUUUAUAGGGCCGUAAGCAAACAAGAAAAUGCUCGUCCAGAGGCGGCACACCUAGUGGCCGGUGAUUGUAAGCUCUCCAUUUGUCAAAUAUGACCAUAACUCUAUCCUGAUUACAAGCAAAAACCCAAACAGAAAGUACCAGUGACGCAAACAGCACAGAAGUGGUCCGAUGAGGCUGAUGCUAAACUAUAGGACUAUUUCGCUAACACAGACUGGAAUAUGUUCCGGGACUCAUCUGAUGGCAUUGAGGAAUUUACCACAUCAGUCACCGGCUUCAUUAAUAAGUGCAUUGACGGCGUCGUCCCCACAGUGACCAUACGUACAUAUACCAAAAACCAUAAGCCAUGGAUUACAGGAAGCAUCCGCACUGAGCUAAAGGCUAGAGCUUCCGCUUUCAAGGAGUGGGACUCUAUUCCAGACGCUUAUAAGAAAUCUCCCUAUGACCUCCGACGCCAUCAAACAGGCAAAGCGUCAAUACAGGAGUAAGAUGGAAUCCUACUACACCGGCUCUGACGCUCUUUGAAUGUGGCAGGGCUUGCAAACUAUCAUGGAUUACAAAGGGAAACCCAGCCGCGAGCUGCCCAGUGACGCAAGCCUACCAGACGAGCUAAAUGCAUUCUAUGCUCGCUUCGAGGCAAGCAACACUGAACCAUGCGUGAGAGCACCAGCUGUUCUGAUCGACUGCGAUCACGCUCUCCUUAGCCGAUGUGAGUAAGACCUUUAAACAGGUUAACAUUCACAAGUCCGCAGGGCCAGGUGGAUUACCAGGACGUGUGCUCAAGAGCAUGCGCUGACCAGCUGGCAAGUGUCUUCACUGACAUUUUCAAAUUCUCCCUGCCAGCUGGCAAGUGUCUUCACUGACAUUUUCAAAUUCUCCCUGACCCAGUCUGUAAUACCUACAUGUUUCAAGCAGACCCCCAUAGUCCAUGUGCCCAAGAACGCCAAGGUAACCUGUCUAAAUGACUGUCGCCCCAUAGCACUCACAUCUGUAGCCAUGAAAUGCUUUGAAAGGCUGGUCAUGGCUCACAUCAACACUAUCAUCCCAGACAGCCUGGACCCACUCCAAUUCUCAUGCCGCCCCAACAGAUCCACAGAUUUCGCCAUUUCUAUUGCUCUCCACAUUUAUGUGAGAAUGCUGUUCAUUGACUACAGCUCAGCGUUCAAAACCAUAGUGCCCUCCAAGCUCAUCACUAAGCUAAGGACCCUGGGACUGAACACCACCUUCUGCAACUGGGUCCUGGACUUUGACGGGACACCCCCAGGUGGUGAGGGUAGGCAAUAACACAUCCGCCACGCUGACCCUCAACACAGGGGCCCCUCAGGGGUGAGUGCUUAGUUCCCCUCGUGUACUCCCUGUUCACCCACGACUGCGUGGCCGCGCAUGGUUUCAACACCACCAUUACGUUUGCUGACGGUGGUAGGCCUGAUCACAGACGACAAUGAGACCGCCUAUAGGGAAGGAGGUCCGAGACUUGGAAGUGUGGUGUCAGGACAACAACCUCUCCCUCAAUGUCAGCAAGACAAAGGAGCUGAUCGUUCCUUGGUGUUCACAUCACUAAAGAUCUAUCAUGGUCCAAACACACCAACACAGUCGUGAAGAGGGCACGACAACGCCUCUUCCCCCUCAGGAGGCUGAAAAGAUUUGGCAUGGGACCUCAGAUCCUUAAGUUCUACAGCUGCACCAUUGAAAGCAUCUUGACUGGUUGCAUCACCGCUUGUUAGACGAAGGCCCUAAAAAUUGUCAGACUCCAGCCACCCUAGUCAUAGACUGUUCUCUUUGCUACCGCAAGGCAAGCGGUACCGGAGCGCCAAGUCUAAUGAUUCUGUCUCUUCGCAGCAAAAUCUGCAGAGCUGGGCGAGGGAGAACUUUGUACGCGUCUCUGUGGGUGGAGUAAAGGUGGUCUAGAGUUUUUUCCUCUAGUUGCACAUUUAACAUGCUGGUAGAAAUUAGGUAAAACGGAUUUAAGUUUCCCUGCAUUGAAGUCCCCGGCCACUAGGAGCGCCGCCUCUGGAUGAGCGUUUUCCUGUUUGCUUAUGGCCCUAUACAGCUCAUUGAGUGUGGUCUUAGUGCCAGCAUCGGUUUGUGGUGGUAAAUAGACAGCUACGAAAAAUAUAGAUGAACACUUUCUUGGUAAAUAGAGUGGUCUACAGCUUAUCAUGAGAUACUCUACCUCAGGCGAGCAAAACCUAGAGACUUCCUUAAUAUUAGAUUUCGUUGUUUACAAAUAUACACAGACCGCCACCCCUUGUCUUACCGGAGGCAGCUGUUCUAUUUUGCCAAUGCAGUGUAAACUCCGCCAGCUGUAUGUUAUUCAUGUCAUCGUUCAGCCAUGACUCUGUGAAACAUAAGAUAAUACUGUUUUUAAUAUCCCGUUGGUAGGAUAUUUGUGAUCGUAGCACGUCUAUUGUGUUAUCCAAUGAUUGAUUGUACGUUGGCUAAUAGGACUGAUGGUAGAGGCAGAUUACCCACUCGCCGCCGGAUCCUUACAAGGCACCCCGACCUACGUCCCCGAUAUCUCUGUCUCUUUCUCCUUCGAAUGACGGGGAUUUUGGCCUUGUCGGGUGUAUGAAGUAAAUCCUUCGCGCCCGACUCGUUAAAGAAAUAAUCUUUGUCCAGUAAGAGGUGAGUAAUCGCUGUCCUGAUAUCCAGAAGCUCUUUUCUUUUCAAUAUCUAUUAUUACUUUUAUUAUUAAUUAAUUAUUUACUUUUCUAUAAUUUAGUUUAUUUCUCUCUGCAUUGUUUGGAAGGGCCCAUAAGUAAGCAUUUCACUGUUAUUUCACACCUGUUGUUUACGAAGCAUGUGACAAUUAAAAUGUGAUUUGAUCAGAUUUUGUACUUGAGGCGAACCCACUGCCACCUGCCCGAAGAUCCAUACCGACCCGGUCAGUGAGGGAAAGUACGGGGCAAACCUGUCUGUCUAGCUAGAUGCAGGCCAGUGGCUAGCUUCCAAUCCCAUUCCCAAGCCACAGCUGUUGACCCCGGGUCCUGGCCCUCGAGGACAGCCAGCCCACCCGUCUGUCUAUCGGUCACUAUCCCCAGUGGGACAGGUGUUCUGGGUCCCGUCCCAGCCCAAUAUCCCAUCCCUAUGCUCAGUCACCAUGGCCACCUGCUCAGUCAGUCCGGUACCAGCAAAAAUAUAUAUAACAAACCCAAGAUUCAUCUGUGUCGUUUUCAAUGGGAGCAAAUUAAGCAUAGUGGGCAAAACAAGCAGGGAGGUGGGCAGAGCCAAGCACGAGCUAGUGAGAUCCUAUUGUCGCGUUCUAGCAUGUAUUUGCAUAUUUCCGUUGUGGAACGCCUUCUCUGUGAAGUGUGCGUGUGCUGUAACUCAAUUCGGCCUUGCACUCCUUGUAAACAACACAAUUAUUUGCAAAUUUGGCAAAGGGUAAGUCUACAAAUCUUAGUGCACUCUGUUCGUAACAGAUUAGUGCUGAGCGAUUAGUGCUUUAUGAGGGUGGUUCGGUUUUGGUUUCAAAAAAAUUUUCUGGGACAUUAAAUGCACUAUGCAUUAUGUGGGUUGAAUGCUGUAACAACACCGAAUACAACAAUAAAAGUCCCAUGAUGAUGGUGACAGCCCAUUUACUGCUUAUCACUUAUUAACCAUAAUAAUCACUUUACUUUAAAUAUUUCAGUUUUGUGUAUAUUACAUUUGUUUUAGGCCUAUUUGAAGUCAUCUCAUCUCAUCUCUAGAGCUGCUGCCUAUGCAGUCUGACAAAAUCACUAUUGAUUUCUCCUUGCUCAUUAAGAAAUGCUAGCGGCCAUGACUACAGGGGAACGAGUUGUUUUGGGUGCGUGGUUUGAUGUGGGUGUGUCUUUGUCAUUUAAUCAUAACGAAUAAGGACAGUAGUGAGUACAAUGAGGUAAGCUAAAAUAGCUUUGCUAUGGAGAUAACGAAGUUUUGAAGUUGAUGACUUCUUCCCUCCUGACUGACUUGUCAUCUCAAGAUGGUCAGCUAAUUCAGCUAAAAAGCCUGCACUGACUUUGUGUUUAGCCAAGCUGACAGCAGCUAGCUAGCAUAGCUUGGUGUAGCUGGCCAUCUUAUCUAGCUGAUAUUUCUCUGUCAAAUCAGUUAUGGCAAGAGCCAGUGUCUGGAAUGUGUUUCGUAAGACACUUGUUCUACAACGCCUUGCUAUGAAAGUAGCUUGCAAGUUUCAACGUUUCAUCACGUCAUGUAAAUACAUGUUACCGUGGAAACGGUGUCAACUGUGAGUUGAAUGCCCGGUCUUGAGUCAGCUCAGCUAUCCUACAACACAAUAUUUUAUAACUUGCUAGUUUUGUCUCGUCUCUCGUUAUAUCCGCUAUUUCCCGGGGAAAAACCCCCAGAACUACUAAUAUCCCUACAACAGAUGUAGGCUACAUGUGGACAUUGCACAAACAUCGCCCAGCUUGAGUGUAGAUACAUUUAUCAACAAAAAAUCAGUGUGUUUGUGGUACAAAGACACAUUUUAUGCUGUAACUAUCAUAUUAAUGUGCUUAUAAAGACCGUAUGCCUACACUUACCUAGCAAAUAAAAAUACGUUGUGUGUGUGUGUGUUUAGAGCACACACUGUCUAACCAGAACUAGAAUGGCAUUCUAUUAGUCUAGUUGGCCGACUCUAAGGAUUUGGCUGUCUAACCACACACUGACAUGCACAGCUCUCUGGGUGAGGUUCUGUCUUCAAGUGUCCAGUGGGUGAUGAAGUCCCUUCCAUCUAUGUAAUGUAUUACAGGCUAUGGACAUGUGCAGUCAGGUGGCAGGAGGGUUGGAGUGCACUUAACCCUAAUUUCUCCUGUAAGUCGCACUGGAUAAGAGCGUCUGCUAAAUGACUAAAAUGUAAAAUGUAAUGACACUCCAACUCUCUCUCUCUACCGCACCUGCUAUUUCAACCUCUAAAUGCCCGGCUAUGAAAAGCCAAGUGACAUUUACUCCUGAUGUACUGACCUGUUGCAACCUCUACAACCACUGUGAUUAUUAUUUGACCCUGCUGGUCAUCUAUGAACAUUUAAACAUCUUGGAGAAAAAUCUGGCUAAAUGGCCAGGUACUGUUAUAAUCUCCACCCGGCACAGCCAGAAGGGGACUGGUCACCCCUCAGAGCCUGGUUCCUCUCUAGGUUUCUUCCUAGGUUUCUGCCUUUCUAGGGAGUUUUUCCUAGCCACCGUGCUUCUACAUCUGCAUUUCUUGCUGUUUGGGGUUUUAGGCUGUGUUUCUGUACAGCACUUUGUGACAUCUGCUGCUGUAAAAAGGGCUUUAUAAAUACAAUUUGAUUGAUAUGACAGAGUUUGCCUCAACCCAUGGGUCCAGCAGCCAGAGUUCAAUAACUACAAGUAGAUGUGAGAUGCAAGAGGAUGGCACUCUUCUCAUACCACACAGGAGGAAGCUUUGCAUCGGUCAGUGGCCUAAAGAGUCAUUUGAGACAAGUGCAAUUGCUGACUAAUGUAGAUAUUCUAAACUAAGUGUUUUGAUAACUCAAGUGGAACAGUUCUAUGUAGAAUAAAGCAUACUUCACAUAAUACUGUAGAAGCAGUGUUAUGCUAAUAUAACAAUGUGCAAAUACGGUGACCUCUGUUCAGUCCACACUGUGAACCCGAAUGAAUACAUAAAUUAAUCAAACUAUCAAAUGUUAUUUGUCACAUGCGCCGAAUACAACAGGUGUAGACUUUACCGUGAAAUACUUACGAGCCCUUUCCCAACAGUGCAGAGUUAAGUAAGAAAAAUUAGCAAAAUAAAUGGUAACACAAUAAAAUAACAAUAACGAGGCUAUAUGCAAGGAGCACCGGUACCGAGUCAAUGUGCAGGGGUACGAGGUAGUUGAGGUAAUAUGUACAUGUAAGUAGGGGUAAAAGUGACUAGGCAAUCAGGAUAGAUAAUAAACAGAGUAGAAACGGCAUAUGUGAAGAGUGUGUAUGUGUGUGUUGCAGUGUCAGUGUAGUAUGUGUGAGGUACAGUGCCUUCAGAAAGUAUUCACAUCCUUUUACUUUUUCCCCAAUUUGUUGUGUUAGCCUGAAUUUAAAAUGGAUUAAAUAGAGAUUUUGUGUCACUGGCCUACACACAAUAAAUCCCCCAUAAUGUUAAACUGGAAUUAUGUUUUUGACAAAUGUAAAAAAUGAUUAGCUGAAAUGUCUAUAGAGUUAAUAAGAAUUCAAUCCCUUUGUUUUGGCAAAUAAGUUCAGGAGUAAGAAUUGCUGAACAAGUCACAUAAUAAGUUGCAUGGACUCACUCUGUGUGCAAUAAUGGUGUUUAACAUGAUUUCGAAUGACUACCUCAUCUCUGUACCCCACGAAUACAAUUAUCUGUAAGGUCCCUCAGUCGAGCAGUGAAUUUCAAACACAGAUUCAACCACAGACAAGGGAGGUUUUCCAAUGCCUCUCAAAUAAGGGCAUCUAUUGGUAGAUGAUUAAAACAAGCAGACAUUGAAUAUCCCUUUGAGCAUGGUUAUUAAUUACACUUUGGAUGGUGUAUCAAUACACCCAGUCACUAAAAACACAGGCAUCCUUCCUAACUCUGUCGCUGGAGAGGAAAGAAACCGCUCAGGGAUUUCACCAUGAGGCCAAUGAUGACUUUAAAACAGUUCGUUUAAUUGUUGUGAUGGGAGAACUGAGGAUGGAUCAACAACAUUGUAGGUACUCCACAAUACUAACCUAAAUUAAAGCGUGAAAAGAAGGAAGCAUGUACAGAAUGUUUUUACUCAAACAUUCAUCCUGUUUGCAAUAAGGCACUAAAGUAAAACUGCAAAAAAUGUGGCAAAGAAAUUAACUUUACAGUGAGGGGAAAAAAGUAUUUGAUCCCCUGCUGAUUUUGUACGUUUGCCCACUGACAAAGAAAUGAUCAGUCUAUAAUUUUAAUGGUAGGUUUAUUUGAACAGUGAGAGACCGAAUAACAACAAAAAAAUCCAGAAAAACGUAUGUCAAAAAUGUUAUAAAUUGAUUUGCAUUUUAAUGAGGGAAAUAAGUAUUUGACCCCCUCUCAAUCAGAAAGAUUUCUGGCUCCCAGGUGUCUUAUAUACAGGUAACGAGCUGAGAUUAGGAGCACACUCUUAAAUGGAGUGUUCCUAAUCUCAGUUUGUUACCUGUAUAAAAAGACACCUGUACACAGAAGCAAUCAAUCAAUCAGAUUCCAAGUCCCCCUGUAUAAAAAGACACCUGUACACAGAAGCAAUCAAUCAAUCAGAUUCCAAGUCUCAGUUUGUUACCUGUAUAAAAAGACACCUGUACACAGAAGCAAUCAAUCAAUCAGAUUCCAAGUCCCCCUGCUCAAGCCAGCGCAUGUCCAGGCCCGUCUGAAGUUUGCCAAUUAUAAUCUGGAUGAUCCAGAGGAGGAAUGGGAAAAGGUCAUGUGGUCUGAUGUGACAAAAAUAGAGCUUUUUGGUAUAAACUCCACUCACCGUGUUUGGAGGAAGAAGAAGGAUGAGUACAACCCCAAGAACACCAUCCCAACCGUGAAGAAUGGAGGUAGAAACAUCAUUCUUUGGGGAUGCUUUUCUGCAAAGGGGACAGGACGACUGCACCGUAUUGAGGGGAGGAUGGAUGGGGCCAUGUAUCGCAAGAUCUUGGCCAACAACCUCCUUCCCUCAGUAAGAGCAUUGAAGAUGGGUCGUGGCUGGGUCUUCCAGCAUGACAACGACCCGAAACACACAGCCAGGUCAACUAAGGAGUGGCUCCGUAAGAAGCAUCUCAAGGUCCUGGAGUGGCCUAGCCAGUCUCCAGACCUGAACCCAAUAGAAAAUCUUUGGAGGGAACUGAAAGUCUGUAUUGCCCAGCGACAGCCCUGAAACCUGAAGGAUCUGGAGAAGGUCUGUAUGGAGGAGUGGGCCAAAAUCCCUGCUGCAGUGUGUGCAAACCUGGUCAAGACCUACAGGAAACGUAUGAUCUCUGUAAUUGCAAACAAAGGUUUCUGUACCAAACAUUAAGUUCUGCUUUUCUGAUGUAUCAAAUACUUAUGUCAUGCAAUAAAAUGCAAAUUAAUUACUUAAAAAUCAUACAAUAUAAUUUUUUGGAUUCCGUCUCACAGUUGAAGUGUACCUAUGAUAAAAAUGACAGACCUCUACAUGCUUUGUAAGUAGGAAAACCUGCAAAAUCGGCAGUGUAUCAAAUACUUGUUCUCCCCACUGUACAUGCCCGUCUGAAGUUUGCCAAUGAACAUCUGAAUGAUUCAGAGGAGAACUGGGUGAAAGUGUUGUGGUCAGAUGAGACCAAAAUGGAGCUUUUUGGCAUUAACUCAACUCGCCGUAUUUGGAGGAGGAGGAAUGCUGCCUAUGAGCCCAAGAACACCAUCCCCACCGUCAAACAUGGAGGUGGAAACAUUAUGCUUUGGGGGUGUUUUUCUGUUAAGGGGACAGGACAACUUCACCGCAUCAAAGGGACGAUGGACGGGGCCAUGUACCGUCAAAUCUUGGGUGAGAACCUCCUUCCCUCAGCCAGGGCAUAGAAAAUGGGUCGUGGAUGGGUAUUCCAGCAUGACAUUGACCCAAAACACACGGCCAAGGCAACAAAGGAGUGGCUCAAGAAGAAGCACAUUGAGGUCCUGGAGUGGCCUAGCCAGUCUCCAGACCUUAAUUCCAUAGAAAAUCUGUGGAGGGAGCUGAAGGUUCGAGUUGCCAAACGUCAGCCUCAAAACCUUAAUGACUUUGAGAAGAUCUGCAAAGAGGAGUGGGACAAAAUCCCUCCUGAGAUGUGUGCAAACCUGGUGGCCAACUACAAGAAACAUCUGACCUCUGUGAUUGCCAACAAGGGUUUUGCCACCAAGUACUAAGUCAUGUGUUGCAGAGUGGUGAAAUACUUAUUUCCCUCUUUUAAAAUGCAAAUCAAUUUAUAACAUUUUUGACAUGCGUUUUUCUGGAUUUUUUUGUUUGUUAUUCUGUCUCUCACUGUUCAAAUAAACCUACCAUUAAAAUGAUAGACUGAUCAUUUCUUUGUCAGUGGGCAAACGUACAAAAUCAGCAGGGGUUCAAAUACUUUUUUCCCUCACUAUAUGUCCUGAAUACACAGCGUUACGUUUGGGGAAAAUCCACCACAACCACACUAUUUUCAAGCAUGGUGGCUGCAUCAUGUUAUGGGUAUGCUUGUCAUCGGCAAGGACUAUGGAGUUUUUUGGGAUAAAAAGAAAUGGAAUGGAGCUAAGCACAGGCAAAAUCCUAGAGGAAAACCUGCUUCAGUCUUCUUUCCAACAGACACUGGGAGAUAAAUUCACCUUUCAUACACUGGAGUUGCUUACCAAGAUGACAUUGAAUGUUCCUGAGUGGCCUAGUUACAGUUUUGACUUAAAUCGGCUUGAAAAUAUAUGGCAAGACUUGAAAAUGGCUGUCUAGCGAUGAUCAACAAACAACUUGACAGAGCUUGAAGAAUUUGAAGAAGAUUAAUGUGCAAAUAUUGUACAAUCCAGGUGUGGAAAGCACUUAGAGACUUACCUAGAAAGACUCACAUCUGUAAUCGCUGCCAAAGGUGCUCCUACAAAGUAUUGACACGGGUGUGAAUACUUAUGUAAAUGAGAUAUUUCUGUCAAUCAUUUUCAAUAAAUGUGUUCAUUAUUUAUAAAAACAUGUUUUCUCUUUUUCAUUAUGGGGUAUUGUGUGUAGAUGGAUGCAGAAAAACAAAUAUAUUUAAUCCAUUUUGAAUUGACUGUAACACAACAAAAUGUGGAAUAAGUCAAGGGGAAUGAAUACUUUCUGAAGACACUGUAUGUACAUGUAGGUAGGGAUAAAAGUGACUAGGCAAUCAGGAUAGAUAAUAAACAGAGAAUCAGCGUAUGUGUGUGUUGGCGUGUCAGGUUAAAUGUUAACUAGCUAACAUUACGCUAUAACUAGCAAUGCAAGUGGAUUAGUGAUUUGAAUAAUAUUACUACACAGAUCAUACACGUAACGUUAGCUAGUGAGCCAUCAAGCUAACGUUUGCUAGCUAACUAACAGUAUGCUUUAACUUGCAAUAAAAAUUACUUUCUGACUAAAUUAGAAACAUAUCUGGAAAAUGUAGCUAGACUCUUACCCGUAUACAUGGAUGAACGCUUCACGGCAGACUGGAACCAUUUAACUCUGUUUUGUUUGUAGCUACGUCUUGUUUGGCCAGCUUUGUGUCAUGUCACUCCGGUUCACACUGACCGUGGCGUGUGCAGAAAGUAGCCCAUCACUUUUUCCUAUUGAUCUGUUGAUAGCGCCUGCUAAAUUCAGGGCAUCAAUGUUGUUGAGAAAAGUAGCAACUUUUGUAGUUCUCGAUGGCUAACGUUAUAGCUUUCCAAAAUGGUGCGGUAGAAAGGACUGUCAACACAUACUGAACAGCUCACGUUAUAGACAGAAGCGUGCUACAUGGCAGACCAAUCCAAACUCCUCUCCCGACAUGUCCAGCCCAUACAUUCUCAGCCAAUCAUGGCUAGUGGGAAGGUUCCUGUCUUUUUUCUUGGCUAAACCAACUAGGCUCGUAAUUUAACAAUUUUAUUCAUAUUUAUGGAUGGAAUGCAAGUUUGUUAUUAAGGCACAUGAAAGUUUACAUGUUCCAGAAGGCCUUUCUGCCAAAAAAACGAAUUUUGAUUAAAAAAAGACAUGUUCACGUUCAAAUGCUGCUCCUGUGAAGUAGUGACGUGCGACAUACGCCUAGUUUCCUGAAACGAGUCACAAAUGUGACCAACCUGAUUCAAGUGUCCCCUAUUACUCUGAAGCGGGACUUGUGUCUGGCCACUGCCUCAGCCUUCUGUAACAGCUCCUGAUAUGGAAGGGGGGUUCCCACGACGUUGCUGAAUAAAUAAUACACCAUGUUUUAUAUGUAGCCUGUGAAUGGAAUGAAAUAAAAUAAAAUAUUGUCACUCAAUAAACAUAUAGCGAGAAAUUACUGUCUUUAGUUUGGAAGUAAUUUAUGCUAAUAGAGGGACUAACUACAGGAUAGAUUCAGGCCAGUGAUGCUGACGCCAUUACUAUGCAACCAGCUGUGUACGUUGCUGAAUGCUUGCUGAUACGUUUUGCUAUUUGCUGGCAGAGCCAUAGCUAUAUUUGUAGUAGACAAGUACUAUCCUUCUUUUCUUUUCUUUUUUAUGAGAACAUGUAUGUUGUUUUGGGUUAGCACACGAAGCCCCCGUAUGCUAGCUACCUAAUUUGCAAAUCCGGGAUAGUUAUCAUAUCUUUGUCCGAGUUUAAAUGAGUUGGCUAACGUUAGCUAGCCAGUUUGAGUUGAAACAUUAUUGAAAGCAAUCUGGCUACAUCCUAUGAUUAGCAAGCUAGUAUCCAAGUGCCUGCCCUGUAUUGACCGUAAACGCCAUUGGGCUACAGUUAGCUGUUGUUAGCAAGGUAGCUAGCUAACGUGAGCAAUGCACAUCUUCCUCUGACAUGCUACAUCACAUUACACUUGAUGUAUUUAGCUAGCUACAGUAUCAUUACCCUUUCAUCUGGUAUCAUAGCGAGCCUGACUCGCUAGCACUAUCGAAUAAUGUUGUAUAACCAAAAGCAGCUACUAGCUAGCUGGUACCAGCUAUCUACUUAGCUAAUGUACUCACCAACACCAGUGGUUUGACGGUUGACAGGCAGCAGACGUGACCAUGUUGGAUGUAAUCCAUUCCUGGCCAUCUGGCAAUAUUGUUGAAAUGCAUUGGAAGUUUGCACCAUCUUUAUGGAAGCCCGUUUUCACUCAUUUUUGCUGAGGGGGCUGGGGGCGGACCACAAUGUGUUGUCUCUGGGCAAUUGGGCAUUAUUCGCAAUAGUAGCCAUGUAAGUAAUCCAUACCCAAGUCAUGACGAACUCGCUUACAAAACUUUGACACAAAUUAUCCUAUUUACACUUUUGUAGUAAAUUGUGACACUAUUAUUAAUCUUUCUGACUCAUAUCGAUGCCACAUAGGCUGUUUUAAACCCGGAGAAGUUGGUUCUAAGCGGCAGUUGAUUGUUAACAGCAUAGUUUUAGAUUAGCAUCCCUAUCCUUGUCCUGGCUCAGCCAGUGCCUAGCCUAGCAAAACCUAGCAGAGUUUAGCAUCCUUAUCCCUAUCCCCGUAUCUCUAUCUCUAUCUUGGCCAGUGCUGCUUGGCUAAUACUAACGCAAAUGCUAAUAGUCUGUGUAAUCCAGCCAGUCAUUUGCCCGGGCAGCCUCCAACCCUGGCCCAGCCUCAGUCAGUGCAAUGCCUUGCAUUGCAAUCACCCCCCCCCCCCCCCCCAGGGCUUAAUACCCCCAGAGCGCAGUGCAGAGCCGGAGUGCUUGAGUUACCACUCACCAGCCAGCCUGUAAUAUUGCAACACACACGUGCGAACGUGCAUGCACACAAUACAGGCAGACACGCACACAAGGCAGACACGCACACAAUACACUGUUCUUCAACUGGGUAUAAUAAUAAUAAUAAUAUGCCAUUUAGCAGACGCUUUUAUCCAAAGCGACUUACAGUCAUGCGUGCAUACAUUUUUGUGUAUGGGUGGUCCCGGGGAUCGAACCCACUACCUUGGCGUUACAAGCGCCGUGCUCUACCAGCUGAGCUACAGAGGACCACAUAGGUCUAACUGACUGUAAUCUCAGGUGUAACUGAUAGACUCACUGUCGUCAUGGGCGGGACCAGCAGGGGGUUAGUGACAACUAAUGUGCUCUAAUCAACUGGGCUAAUUGAACUAGGUGUGUGUGUGCGUGCGUGUUAUGCGUUUCACCCUCUCCACAUUUUUACAUUCCCACAUUUAGCUAAAGGUAAUGUUAUUAAAUAAUUUAUGCCACAAACACUGGACACUUUUAUUCGAAGUGACAUACAGUACAAUGAAUGCACUGUAUACAUUUGGUGUAUGUAUGUGAUCCCUGUGGGAAUUGAACCCACGUCCUUGCCCACUUAGCUACUCACUGAACUUGUCCAAUAAGAAACUCUUGUUUUCAUUAGCAAACUUGUGUGGAAUAAUGAACAACCCCCCCGUUUCCCUCCCUUUCUCUCAGGUACUGGCUGGCCACCUACUUUGUCAUCUGGUACGGCGUGCCCUACAUGACAUACGAUAUCUACGCCAUGUACCUCAGCCACUACUACCGCUUCCGGGUCAAGGGCCACGAGGAGUAUAAGGAGCACUCGUUGACCACGGUCAACUCGUUUGUCCGCCGCGAGUUCCUGCUGGUGCUCCACCACAUCGCGCUGCUCACCAUCCUGCUGCCCGUCACCCUGGUCAGUAACUAACACACACACACACACACACACACACACACACACACACACACUGACUCUCGCACCUCAGUCUCAUGCCUCUCUUGUCCUUGCCUCUGCCCGUCACCCUGGUCAGUAGCAACGCACACACACUACCAUGGGCUGACAGUACUUUUGACCAGGAAAAAUUGGCAGGUUUUGGAUGCCCUGCUGACCAUUCUGCUGCCUGUCACCGAUGAGAGGGAGAGGAAAGGGGGAGAGAAGAAGGGGAGAGUGAUAGUGAUAUGGCCCUUCUGACCAUUGUGCUGUCAAUCACUGUGGUGAGAGAGAACAGAGAGGGAAAGGAAGGAGAGAUGGAAGGGAGGGAGGAGGGAGAUGCCCUGCUGACCAUUCUGCUGCCUGACAUUGAGAGGGAGGGAACGGGGGAGGGUGGAUAGAGGGGAAGAGAAAAAGGAUGAGUGGGGAGUGAUAGAGAGGGAGGCGAGGCUAAGAGGGAGAGAGAUUGCACUAACCCUAUUUGGCAAGUGCUUUGAAAAUGGAACGAGGCAGAGAGUGUGUGAAAGAGACCUGUGUGAAGACCGACUAGCUGAAAUGUUCCUCUCCUAUUAGUUUUCAUUACAUUGUCUUCCCGUCAACUGCAUUUUCAGUCAAGAACACUAGCUAAUAUCCACAUAAUGACAGAUGAGUGUAUAAUGACAAUAAUCGAGAGCGAACACACCUCACACCUACACCAGGGUUUCCGUUAGGAAAAUGUGGCGCCAGACAAUUAUGGUAAUAUGACCGGGAAGAUUUAAAUUUACCGGACAUUUUAGAAAUUUACCGGACCAAUAUGCAUUGGGUGCAUAACCCAUGGUGCUCAGAAUGACAGAAAUCACAAUUAGAUUAUGGUAAUGCAUCUUAACAGAACAUUCAACUCAUGUAAUGAAGCAGCCAAUAAAACGUCAUUUUCAAACAUUUGCCAAAAUGCAAUUUGCGGGAAAACACCAUUCUAAACAGCACACCUGAUAGCGGUUUCAUAUGUGAUAGAGAUGAAAAUCUCUGUUAGAAACUUAGAAAGAGGGGGAAUCUAAAGAUGCAACAACUAGGAUACAGUGGGGGAAAAAAGUAUUUAGUCAGCCACCAAUUGUGCAAGUUCUCCCACUUAAAAAGAUGAGAGAGGCCUGUAAUUUUCAUCAUAGGUACACGUCAACUAUGACAGACAAAAUUAGGAAAAAAAAUCCAGAAAAUCACAUUGUAGGAUUUUUUAUGAAUUUAUUUGCAAAUUAUGGUGGAAAAUAAGUAUUUGGUCAAUAACAAAAGUUUCUCAAUACUUUGUUAUAUACCCUUUGUUGGCAAUGACACAGGUCAAACGUUUUCUGUAAGUCUUCACAAGGUUUUCACACACUGUUGCUGGUAUUUUGGCCCAUUCCUCCAUGCAGAUCUCCUCUAGAGCAGUGAUGUUUUGGGGCUGUCGCUGGGCAACACAGACUUUCAACUCCCUCCAAAGAUUUUCUAUGGGGUUGAGAUCUGGAGACUGGCUAGGCCACUCCAGGACCUUGAAAUGCUUCUUACGAAGCCACUCCUUCGUUGCCCGGGUGGUGUGUUUGGGAUCAUUGUCAUGCUGAAAGACCCAGCCACGUUUCAUCUUCAAUGCCCUUGCUGAUGGAAGGAGGUUUUCACUCAAAAUCUCACGAUACAUGGCCCCAUUCAUUCUUUCCUUUACACGGAUCAGUCGUCCUGGUCCCUUUGCAGAAAAACAGCCCCAAAGCAUGAUGUUUCCACCCCCAUGCUUCACAGUAGGUAUGGUGUUCUUUGGAUGCAACUCAGCAUUCUUUGUCCUCCAAACACGACGAGUUGAGUUUUGACCAAAAAGUUCUAUUUUGGUUUCAUCUGACCAUAUGACAUUCUCCCAAUCCUCUUCUGGAUCAUCCAAAUGCACUCUAGCAAACUUCAGACGAGCCUGGACAUGUACUGGCUUAAGCAGGGGGACAUGUCUGGCACUGCAGGAUUUGAGUCCCUGGCGGCGUAGUAUGUUACUGAUGGUAGGCUUUGUUACUUUGGUCCCAGCUCUCUGCAGGUCAUUCACUAGGUCCCCCCGUGUGGUUCUGGGAUUUUUGCUCACCGUUCUUGUGAUCAUUUUGACCCCACGGGGUGAGAUCUUGCGUGGAGCCCCAGAUCAAGGGAGAUUAUCAGUGGUCUUGUAUGUCUUCCAUUUCCUAAUAAUUGCUCCCACAGUUGAUUUCUUCAAACCAAGCUGCUUACCUAUUGCAGAUUCAGUCUUCCCAGCCUGGUGCAGGUCUACAAUUUUGUUUCUGGUGUCCUUUGACAGCUCUUUGGUCUUGGCCAUAGUGGAGUUUGGAGUGUGACUGUUUGAGGUUGUGGACAGGUGUCUUUUAUACUGAUAACAAGUUCAAACAGGUGCCAUUAAUACAGGUAACGAGUGGAGGACAGAGGAGCCUCUUAAAGAAGAAGUUACAGGUCUGUGAGAGACAGAAAUCUUGCUUGUUUGUAGGUGACCAAAUACUUAUUUUCCACCAUAAUUCGCAAAUAAAUUCAUUAAAAAUCCUACAAUGUGAUUUUCUGGAUUAUUUUUUCUCAAUUUGUCUGUCAUAGUUGACGUGUACCUAUGAUGAAAAUUACAGGCCUCUCUCAUCUUUUUAAGUGGGAGAACUUGCACAAUUGGUGGCUGACUAAAUACUUUUUUUCCCCACUGUAGGUUGCUAAUAUGACUAGGAUUUUGCCUUCGGCUUCUGGACAUGAAAUAAAGUUGAUAUGAAAACCAAUAGAACAGGAGAGAAAUGGCAUAGUGGUGGGUCCAAUAGGGAAGUAUAUAAUUACUCCUGUCUAUACAGAAAUAAAUAAAUACAUUCAAAAUACUUCACCAGAAAGUAUGACUUAGCCACAGAGGAAUCGAGGAUCAUUAGCCCACAAUUUGGGCAGCGUGCGUGGCAAUAGGCCUAGCUGAUUAUUGAGUUGCGGCUGUCAGUGAAAAGCAUCUAAAAUAUGUGUGAAGAUAGUGUCUUGAGAAUAAUUUGAAAUGUUGAGACAAGAAGGGGAGGGGUGUGUGGGGAAGAUAUAGGCUAGGCGAAUCUCUCUCCAGAAUGGCUGGGCUGUCUCCUGCCAAUUCUUGCGCAUUCAUUGUUUCAUUGUGUGAAUUGUUUGCCCUUACAUUUUUUAUCAAUUCCCCAUUACAUAUGUCACCAGUAGUAAAUGUAGCAUUAAUCUCCGUUAUUUGGUUACAUACAUUUCUGUUAAUGCAUGUAAUAAUUAGUCAUUUACUGUUCUCAUUCUCGGAGUGGAAACGUUGUUUGCAGAGUUUACAACCUGCUACACUUGUGAGAAACAAGUUUUUUGGUUUAUUUCAUAACCAUCAUUUACGAGAUUUCUUUUGUUUUGGAGUGCUCCAUGUGAGCAAUGAGCAUGUGUCUGUUUUCCUCUGUCCUGAUAAUGUUGAGGGAGCGCGGAAAUCUAAUUAGCAUAAGAAAAUCCCCAUGAGAAUCUGUCAAUUUAAGAUAGAGAUGUCUGUUUUUCUAUGUUGCACUUCUGCAUCUGCAGUGAAAGGUGACAGAGCUAGAGCGGUGUUUGUCAAACCAUGAGACAUCCCGAAAAUCGGUCUUCUCACAAAAUCAUCUGUAGCGUCCAAAUGGUUUGGCCUAAAAAAAAUAUGACCCCUCUAUGGAAAGAUUACUCUCACGAACACGAUGGUGUUCUCCACAAAUGUCAGAAGACUUGUCUGAAGUCGGUAUUGCCAAUCUGCCAACUUCUGUCUGUAGCGUCCUAACCGCUUGGGCCACUAAUAUGACCCCUCUGUGCAAAGGUGAGACUCUCACAUACAUGUUCAUGUCGGUUGUUUUGCUCUAGGACGCCAACAGGCCUCUCAAGACUCGUCUGAAGAUCCUCCGGUACCAGUUGAAAGAAUGUAUGGAAGUACAGUAUAUAUGGAGACUGUUUAAUAGGGUUAAAUACAUGUAAAAUAUAUAUAUAUACACUACCGGUCAAAGGUUUUAGAACACCUACUCAUUCAAGGGUUUUUCUUUAUUUUUACAAUUUUCUACAUUGUAGAAUAAUAGUGAAUACAUCAAAACUAUGAAAUAACACAUAUCGAAUCAUGUAGUAACCAAAAAAGUGUUAAACAAAUCAAAAUAUAUUUGAGAUUUGAGAUUCUUCAAAUAGCCACCCUUUGCCGUGAUGACAGCUUUGCACAAUCUUGGCAUUCUCUCAACCAGCUUCAUGAGGUAGUCACCUGGAAUGCAUUUCAAUUAACAGGUGUGCCUUCUUAAAAGUUCAUUUGUGGAAUUUCUUUCCUUCUUAAUGCAUUUGAGAAAAUCUGUUAUGUGGGUAUACAGAAGAUAGCCCUAUUUGGUAAAAGACCAAGUACAUAUUAUGGCAAGAACAGCUCAAAUAAGCAAAGAGAAAUGACAGUCCAUCAUUACUUUAAGACAAGAAGGUCAGUCAAUACGGAAUAUUUCACAAAAACCAUCAAGCACUAUGAUGAAACUGGCUCUCAUGAGGACCGCCACAGGAAUGGAAGACCCAGAGUUACCUCUGCUGCAGAGGAUAAGUUAGCCUCAGAAAUUGCAGGCCAAAUAAAUGCUUCACAGAGUUCAAGUAACAGACACAUCUCAACAUCAACUGUUCAGAGGAGACUGCGUGAAUCAGGCCUUCAUGGUCGAAUUGCUGCAAAGAAACCACUACUAAAGGACACCAAUAAGAAGAGGAGACUUGCUUGGGCCAAGAAACACGAGUAAUGGACAUUAGACCGGUGGAAAUGUGUCCUUUGGUCUGGAGUCCAAAUUUGAGAUUUUUGGUUCCAACAGCCGUGUGUUCAGUGUGGGUGAACGGAUGAUCUCUGCAUGUGUAUUUCCCACCGUAAAGCAUGGAGGAGGAGGUGUUAUGCUGUGGGGGUGCUUUGCUGGUGACACUGUCUAUGAUUUAUUUAGAGUUCAAGGCACACUUAACCAGCAUGGCUACCACAGCAUUCUGCAGCGAUACGCCAUCCCAUCUGGUUUGGGCUUAGUGGGAAUAUCAAUUGUUUUUCAACAGGACAAUGACCCAACACACUUCCAGACUGUAAGGGCUAUUUUACCAAGAAGGAGAGUGAUAGAGUGCUGCAUCAGAUGACCUGGCCUCCACAAUCCCCCGACCUCAACCAAAUUGUGAUGGUUUGGGAUGAGUCGGACCGCAGAGUGAAGGAAAAGCAGCCAACAAGUGCUCAGCAUAUGUGGGAACUCCUUCAAGACUAUUGGAAAAGCAUUCCAGGUGAAGCUAGUUGAGAGAAUGCCAAGAGUGUGCAAAGUUGUCAUCAAGGCAAAGGGUGGCUACUUUGAAGAAUCAAAAAUCUAUUUUGAUUUGUUUAACACUGUUUUGGUUACUACAUGAUUCCAUAUGUGCUAUUUCAUAGUGUUGAUGUCUUCACUACUAUUCUACAAUGUAGAAAAUAGUAAGAAUAAAGAAAAACCCUUGAAUGAGUAGGUGUGUCCUAACUUUUGAAUGGUAGAGUGUAUGAAUGUAUGUUUCCUGAUCUUUCGUAUACCUCUCAGAUACAGAAGUGACACUUCAGAACAAACUUCCUUUUGAUAUUUUUUGGGGACUAUCUGUUGUUUUUUGUAGUGAAUCUAUUGUUCAAUGCAUUUGUAUGGGCUAAUAGCAGUAAUGCCAAAAAUGUUUUUUCAUCAAAUAUUUUUUUAAUAUAUUUUUUAAUACUCAAAAUCAAAUAGCUAAAUGAUCCUUGGUAUGACCUUCUUAAAACAAUUCAAUAUAGCUUAGUAGAACCCCAGGGGCUUAGACUCUUAUGGGUUAAGAUCUAUUGCGAAUGAUAAUAUUUAAACUAUAAUUCCUCAUAGUAAACUAUUUGAACAAUCUUUCCAACAAUCUCCCCCUCUAAUCACCUAUCCUCAAUGUGAAUAAGCAGUGGAAGUUCUAGGCCUACUGCUACAUUGGCCUAUAGGCUAUGAGUUCCAUGCGCUCAUUUCUAUAGCCGCCAAUGGAUGACGGUUUAUCAAUGUGUCCCUAUGGCAGAGGCUGGUGAUCUCGCAUUAGUUGACUUUAAGAUUUGUAUCAUUUUAAUUACAAGCAUAACUGUCACGCAGAAUGAAAAGCAUAACUGGCACGCAGAAUGGUAGAAAUGGUAGGAUAAAUUCUAAUUUAAAAAUUAAGUAUGUUUUCAAAUUGCAUACUGCCUCCAGCUCACAUUGUGAAGUGGUGGGUGACUCACUGAUAGCCUGUUGCCUGCACUUGAAUGGGAGGCUAGCUUUAAUUACAAGUUGAGAAAUAACAAUAAUAGCUCUUUUUAAUUUUGCACCAAAACAGUUUUCAGCACGCAGUUGCAUUUAGAAUUGUUGCGUAAUUAAUGGGCUUUUAAAAGCACGUUUUACUCCAGCAGCAACCAGCUGAGGAGCUGCAGGAGAAAUCCCGCUCAAAAUAUGCUGUGCUAGUGUGAUAGUUGUUUAAUAAAUAAGAUACAUGAUGACUAACGAAAUGUAAUUCCACUACAUUAUGCAAAUUAUAUGUACCGAAAAGCAUGAAGGUCAAAUGUAUUUACAUCAAUGAAUAAAAAGCAUUCGUUUGUUUGGGAUUUAUUUUCUGCCGGUCGUUCUGGCCGGCAACAGAUUUAUUUAUAGGCUUUUCAUUUUGUUAUUGGCCAAAGGAAACCCUGACCUAUACACACAAGUGUCGCAUUAGCGUCCAUUUCAUGUAGAGAGGAGGCCAAGUGCAUUGGAAACCUGGCAUCUUAGUUUUCAGCGGCUUUCAAUGGUGAUAUGAGAUCACCUUACACUACACCUCCAUUAUUCAGGCUCCAGCUGCUGUGAUCCUCCUCUCAUCUCCUCCUCCCUUGCUCCCUGCUUCGUUCCCCUCCCACACAGUCAGGUAACACACACACAGAGGCCGGGUCCAGCAGCCAGGUACAGGGGGUAGGUAGGUGUAGUGUUACAUGGCAGUAGUUUGUGCUGCCGGUAAUUCUUCCAUUGGGCAGAUGGCAGAGCUGGUGUCUGGGCCCCACACACUACUGGUUUAUUCAUCAUCACAACACACACAGAGCCCUCUCGGUUUGGCAUCCUCCCUAUUGCAGCUUACAUCAAUGAUCCUCCAUACAUUUACUAAUUUACUCAUCGUGAUCUAUUCUCUUACAUUACCUUAACGUCUGGGCUUAUGGCAUAAGUCUGGGUCGUGUUCAUUAGUGCACGCAACGGAAAGCUUUUGCCACGAAAUGUGAGUGUUUCUUGUUGGAAAAGUUCAGGUAGUUCCUCCCAGUUUCAGUUAAUUUUCUUCUGUUUGGUGCCUGAUGAACCUGACCCUGGGCCUGGUUUGUCCUCUGUUGGCCAAGUUGGUUUGUGGCCAUGUUGGUGUUAUUGAGCCGGGUCCUGACUCCUGUUUUUGUAUGUGCAGACCUAGGGACAAUCCAUUUGCUUACACAGCCUUUCUGUACUAAAGUACUGAGGGUUGUUUUGGGUGGGUGGGUGUUCCUGUGUGUGUGACGGUUCUCUUUGUGUGGGUGUGUGGCGGUAUGGUCUUGUUUCAGAUUGUAGUAACUGUGUGCCGUCUCCCUCCCUGUGCCUUUCAGUUCUUCAGGAGGGACCAGGGCGAUUACUUCAUCGGAUGCCUGUUCCUCACAGAGCUCAGCACGCCCUUCGUCUCCUUAGGGAAGAUCCUCAUCCAGGUGAGAGAGAGAGACACACACACACACACACAUUAGAACACCCUAAUCGCCACUUAUAACAACCAUGUAUACACACCAAGGUUUCCGUUAGCCUGUAAUAGCCGGCUUUUGGCCGAUAAUUCUUUUUAAAGAGAAAAGUCAACUAAAUAACAUUUGCACCGGCCAAUUGUCCGGGAGAAGAAAAAAUCCCAUUGCGAAGUAAUGCUUUAUAGCCUAUUCAUUGAUGGAAAUACCAGUCGAUGGAAAUACAUUUGACUGGUCAUGCUUAUCGGUCUAUGGGUUAAUUUGCAUAAUUGAGUGGAAUGAAUUAAUUGAGUGGAAAAUCGGUCAGACAGCGCGAGAGCUGCUGCUACAGCAUCUCAUAAUGAAAAUGCAUAGGCAACGGAAGGCAGGCUUCAUCAGCAUGUCACACACCACUUUGCAAUGAGCUGGAGGCAGUAAACAUUUUGAAAACAUGUAUACAUAAUUGUUUGAAACCUGAACGUUUUACUACAUAUUGAGGCAUGUCUUACCUUGCUUCAAAGUAGCCUAGCCAAAAUCAGGCCAUAUCCGUGGACGCAAAUAUUUCAUAUCAACUUUCUAACAUUGUCCAGUAGCCAAAGGCACAAUCCUAGUCAUAUUAGCAACCCGUGCUAGUUGUUGCAUAUUAGCUCUCCCCUCUUAAAAAAUUACAGAUAUUUCAAUCUCUGUCAAAUGAAACCGCUCGCAUGUGCGAUGCACUUUAGACAACAGUGUUUUCCCACUAAUUACAUUAUGGAACAAACUUUCGGACGUAGCCUAAUGCCUUGUGCACAGUGCUGAGCUUAUAAUGUGAAGAAAUAAUAGUUCAUCAACAUACAGUAGAAAGCUAAACAUUCUGUUGCAUCAGACUCAUUGCUUAACAAAUCAUAUUGUAGCCUACUGGUUGUAUGAAUCUGGGACCUAUCAUCCUACAACUGUCCCAGAGUGUUAGGAAUAGGCUAUUUCUUUAUCGACAAGCUGACCAAUAGAAUAGGUAAACUUUUCUACUAUUGGGGAUAGUAGACUCUCAUAGGCUAGUACUUUUGCUGUUCAUUACUUGUCUUGUUGGCUGAGGAAAAUAUCUUCAAAGUGCACAUCAGAAUUAGGUAAGAAUCGUUGCAUCCCCAACUUGUAUGUUCUGUUAAUAUGAAUUACAAUAAUCUAAAUGUGAUUUCUGUCAUUCUGAGCACCAAUGGGUGGACGCCCUAAUCAGGUUACGCACCCUAUGCAUAUGGGUCCGGUAAAUUAAAAUGCUGCUGGUCAAAUGUCCGGCGCCACAUUUUCCUAACGGAAACCCUGAUACCAAUAUCUCCACCAAUCAAUGUAUAUACAGGUAACUGCCAAAAAUAAAGGAAACGCUUGAGUAAAUGAGGGAUACAAAGUAUAUUGAAAGGAGGUGCUUGCACACAGUUGUGGUUAAUUAAGCAAUUAAAACACACCAUUAUGCUUAGGGUCAUGUAUAGAAAUUCCCAGUUGCCCAUUAUUUUGGCUACCAGGCUAGAAGUGAUCUUAGUGACUUUGAAAGAGGAGUCCCAAAGGAGCGUAGGGGGUUCAAAGGGUGUGUGUCUGUCAUCGGAUCUCAACCCAAUUGAGAUUCAGCGGCGCCUGAGACAGCGUUUUCCACCACCAUCAACAGAACACCUAAUGAUGGAAUUUCUUGUGGUAGAAUGGUGUUGCAUCCCUCCAAUAGAGUUCCAGAUACUUGUAGAAUCUAUGCCAAGGCGUGUUGAAGCUGUUCUGGCAGCUUUGGUGGCUCAUGGUGGCCCCACGCCCUCUUAAGACACUUUUAUGUUGGUGUUUCCUUUAUUUUCGCAGUUACCUGUAUGUACUUGUAUCCAUACAGCUUCUCACUAAAUAAACAUUCCUGGUAUAAUGUGUAUGUGUGUAUCACUAAAAGAGCUAAGAGCAGUGAGCAGGCAGCCUGCUUGGUCUCCAGCUCACUUUCUGCUGACUUCUGGCUCUUUAUUCAGUAGGGCCACGCUCUGCUCUCUUACUCAGUGUCCUCUGGUGGACUGGCCGGGUACUGCAGAGCCACUGUCACGCCACACAAGACCACACAUGGGCACUGUUAGAAUGCCUCUUUCCCUUCCUGUAAUGGUGUAUCUAUCAACUAAUCUACCAUGAUGCAUGGGUACCACUUCAUAGCUUUCACCAGUCCAGUCGUGUCAGAUCAGUGAUUGCAUCAUGGAAAGGAGGAAGGAAGGAAGAAUGUAUUUUCAAAGUAAUCGAACAGGUCCAGGGAUUCCAGCCCAGUUUUAUGCUCACUUAGAAUUUCAAGACUGUUCGACCAUAUAAUGACCUGUUUUCUCCCUCUUUGUCUCCUUUCAAUAUUCUCCCAACACCCCCCCCCCCCCCCCUCCCCCCAUCCUCCUCUCCUCUUGUUUCUCACAGCUGGGUCUGCAGGACUGCUGGGUCCACAAGGCCAAUGGGGGCAUGGUGCUGCUCAGCUUCUUCCUGUGUCGAAUCGCCCUCUUUCCCUACAUGUACUGGGUGUAUGGCCGCCACUACGGCAUCCCCGUCUACGGCGUGCCCUUCCACCUGACACUGUUGGUCAACCUGGGCAACCUGUGCAUCCUGGCACCACAGGUCUACUGGUUCGUGCUGCUCUGCCGCAAGGGCUGGCGGCUCUACCAGCGCCAGUGUCACUCCACCGCCGCCGCCGGCAGCCAGGACUCCUCCCCCCCUCCCUCACCUAGCCCCCCCUCCCUCACGGACAACCAACCCAAGGGAAAUCAUUAGAGCUGGAGAGCUCACUCUGUCACCAUCGCACUCUCUCUGUUCUUUCUCGGUUCUCUCUACUCUAUAUGUGCUCGAGUCACACAAAAACGAACCACCAUCGACUACUACUUACUACUACCACUGCAAAAGCACUACGGCUACUUACCACAGUCUCCCCAAAAAUACUACUACUACUUCUACUACUACUAUCGUUACUACUAUGAUUACACUAGUACUGCUACUGCUCCUCCUCCCCCUGAGCCCCCACCCCCUCCUCCCCUUUGCUUCAAUACUACUGAUCGCUCCACCCCAUGCCCAUCCAAGCUCUACUCUUUUAGCUCUUCAUUGGGGUUUUUACCCCUACCCCCCACACCCCUCUGCUUGGAUUAGAGGGAUUGGACAGGGGUUAUAUUUGGAGUGCUACACUGGAGUUUCCCUAAAAGAUAUGAAGAAGACAGAGAAUGGAGCUCCUGGCUUUUUUCGGAGGGGGGGGGGGGGUGGUGCUGAGACACUCCCCCGGCCCCUCCCCUUCAUCUAUUACUAG